GGACGAGGCACAGCUUGGCUCUGCACUGCCGUGUGACUAGAAAUUGUAAUCACGGAGAAAGAGGGAGAGACAGCCGGGAGAGAGACCAAGAAAGACAGACGGACAGACCUCACUGAGCCUGGCUCCUGCUAGGAGAGGGCGCUGGGGUGCAGCCAGAGCCAGGGAUAGAUGGAGGAGAAAGAGAGGGGGCCCCGGCGGUCCCAGGGGGGCCGAGACAGUGCCGGGGUAGCCUGAGGAGGGGGCCAGAGCCGGGUGGGGACCGAGCCGGGCAGGGAGCGGAGCCGAGCUGGGUCUGCGGGUGCAGAGGAAGGAGGCUGCGGUGGGGAGAGGAGCCGAGGCAGGAGCCAGGUGGAAGGAGACCAGGCUGUGAGCGGGGACGGGGCAGAGGACUGCUGCAGUGGCCAGGGAGAGCCCUCCCCAGGGGCAGGAAGGGCGACAGGCCAGGGGGGGGCGCGGGGAGACCCAAGAAGCCCCUGCGCCCCCCCCAGCAGCACCUCACAGGGAGCCCUGGAGAGCUGGGGAGGCAGCGCCCGGCCCGCUGGAGGCAUGUGCAGGGGGGCCUGGGGCACAGAGAGGCCCAGCGGAAGCCAAGCCACCAGGCCCCCCAGCGGCCGCGCGGAGCAUGAGCAUUGAGGAUGGCGUGUGCCCGCGGCUCCCAGUGCCCCCCGCUGCCGCCCGGUAGGAUGUCCUGGCCCCACGGGGCACUGCUCUUCCUCUGGCUCUUCUCCCCACCCCUGGGGGCCGGCGGGGGCGGCGUGGCCAUCACAUCCGCUGCUGGAGGGGGCUCCCCACCGGCCACCUCCUGCCCCGCGGCCUGCUCCUGCAGCAACCAGGCCAGCAGGGUGAUCUGCACGCGGAGAGAGCUGGCUGAGGUCCCGGCCAGCAUCCCCGUCAACACGCGCUACCUGAACCUGCAGGAGAACGGCAUCCAGGUGAUCCGCACAGACACCUUCAAGCACCUGCGGCACCUGGAGAUCCUGCAGCUGAGCAAGAACCUUGUGCGCAAGAUCGAGGUGGGCGCCUUUAACGGGCUGCCCAGCCUCAACACGCUGGAGCUCUUUGACAACCGGCUGACCACGGUGCCCACGCAGGCCUUCGAGUACCUGUCCAAGCUGCGGGAGCUCUGGCUCCGCAACAACCCCAUCGAGAGCAUCCCCUCCUACGCCUUCAACCGCGUGCCCUCGCUGCGCCGCCUGGACCUGGGCGAGCUCAAGCGGCUGGAGUACAUCUCGGAGGCAGCUUUCGAGGGGCUGGUCAACCUGCGCUACCUCAACCUGGGCAUGUGCAACCUCAAGGACAUCCCCAACCUGACCGCCCUGGUGCGCCUGGAGGAGCUGGAGCUGUCGGGCAACCGGCUGGACCUGAUCCGCCCGGGCUCCUUCCAGGGCCUCACCAGCCUGCGCAAGCUGUGGCUGAUGCACGCCCAGGUGGCCACCAUCGAGCGCAAUGCCUUCGACGACCUCAAGUCGCUGGAGGAGCUCAACCUGUCCCACAACAACCUGAUGUCGCUUCCCCACGACCUCUUCACACCCUUGCACCGCCUCGAGCGGGUGCACCUCAACCAUAACCCCUGGCACUGCAACUGCGACGUGCUCUGGCUGAGCUGGUGGCUGAAGGAGACGGUGCCCAGCAACACGACGUGCUGCGCCCGCUGCCACGCGCCGGCAGGCCUCAAGGGCCGCUACAUCGGCGAGCUGGACCAGUCGCACUUCACCUGCUACGCGCCGGUCAUUGUGGAGCCGCCCACGGACCUCAAUGUCACCGAGGGCAUGGCCGCCGAGCUCAAGUGCCGCACGGGCACCUCCAUGACCUCCGUCAACUGGCUGACGCCCAACGGCACCCUCAUGACCCACGGCUCCUACCGCGUGCGCAUCUCCGUCUUGCACGACGGAACGCUCAACUUCACCAACGUCACCGUGCAGGACACGGGCCAGUACACGUGCAUGGUGACGAACUCGGCCGGCAACACCACCGCCUCCUUUGACGCCUGUCCCUCCCUCCCUCCCCCACCCCUGAGACCCAAGAGACAGACGCCGCCGGAGCUGGCGACACCCGGCGUCCCCGCGCUAGCUCCGCUCCCGGCUGCCGGCCGGUGGCUGGGGGUCGGGGCGGCCAGCCCCUCGUGCCCAUAG